ACAUUUGUGAGCUAGUUGCAAACUAGCAACAUUAUGGAUAUGAAUUACCUUUUUCUAAUUGCAUGUUUGGGCUUUUUAACAGAUUCCAAUGCGCAAACUUUGAAGAAUUUUACCUUUGCUGACCAUCUUGUUACCGCACAGAAACAUAUUGAAAAACCAGGGAACUAUGACCAAUGUUACGUUAAUGUCGUGGUUCACAAUUCGUCGUCUUUUUUAUACGGUCUUGAGGACGCAAUUGUUACUUCAAUAACAGGAGACAUUUCCGUUUCUUCACCAAAACCAUCAUUUUUCCAGGUUAAAACUGACAGUGAUGGCUUUGCUUGUGUUCCAGUUUCAUGCAGGGCUGAAACAAGAGUUUUUGUUGAAAAAAAUGAUGUACGGAUAUCAGCUAUGAACAAGACUAUCCAGCAAAAUAAUAUACCCCCUGGAUUUUUGGUUCAGUUUGAAUACGCCAAUGAGGUUCUACAAUUUUGGACAUACGUGUGGGGGAACCCAAAUGGAAAAACUGGUCCUAUUUAUUAUGCUGAUGGUAAACAACAAUGCAUAAGCGCUGGUUCGAAAGGAAAUUCGUUUGUGUUUUCCUAUAUUAGCAUUCCAGACAAACUCUUUGCUACAGCGGCUCCCCCGACAGGUUUGACAGUGACAGAUGAUAAAUUUAGAUACGUUUGGAACUACGGAAUACAAGGUUCCGCGGGACUUGAGCCAACAUACUGCUACUUGAAAAUAAAAUUUACAACCAGUUCAACUCAAAUAAACGUCACUACUUCAAGUUUCGAGAACGACGAAUUUGGGCUUCUUCUUGGGACCUUCUCAACCGGACCACAGUUUAACCCAAACUUGCCACAAACAUUUGAGAAGGCCGCUUGCAUAGAAUACCGUUGCCCUAUCAACGAUAUCUUGGAUGGAACAAACAAGGACACUUACUUGUUUGGCUCAAUUUCCGUUCCAGGUAAAGACAAAGGCUGUUGUGUAAGAUAUUCCCAAAAGGGCACUUUCGUGUUUGCUGCAAAUUCCACCUCAUUCUGGACGAAGCGACCUUUAAGCAAAACUAGAGGCUACGGAUCCAACGAUGGUUUAUAUGUUAAUGAGGUCAAGCAAGCUGCCAGAUCACGAUGCUUCACCGGGCACGAGUUUUUGAAGGGAGAGUAUUCGAUGAAUCCGGAUGUUGGGUUUGCUUUUGAGUACGACUGCAAUACGUCUAACCCUUGCCCUUCUCCGCAAAUAUUUGGCUAAUUGUCCAGUCAAUGACCUACAGUGGCAAGGCAUGGGUGAUGGACUCAUUUGUUCUUCUUUUUAAAUACAAUUACUUGCAUUUCA